GAGAGCAGCACAGCAUCCAGCACUGCACAGUGUGAUCAGACCCUGCCCAGCUCUCACACAGCCCACACUGCACAGCCUGGCUCCCCAUCAGCCUCCCCAGCAACUUCCCAACCAGCCUCCUCACCUCACUCUGGAGGUCCCCGGCAGAGAUCUGGACUUGUACACGUUUCUGGGGGAUAUUUCUUGGAGGGAUCACCCCCAGGUCCUGGCCAUGCUGAAGCCCGGUGAAGGUGGAGGUUCCGCUUUCCUGAAGGUGGACCCAGUGUAUCUCCAGCACUGGCAGCAGCUCUUCCCUCAGAACCAUGUGAAGAGCGGAGUCCUCAGUCAUGUACCCCAUUCUGAGCGGACCGGUCCCCUGCCAGAGAGCCCUCGCCUGCGCCCAGCCUCCCUCUCUUCCAUCUCUUCCUCCAGCUCCUCCACCCCAUCAUCUGCACCUCCUGCCCCGCCUGCCCCCCUGGCACCCGGAGUACCUUCCAUGGCCACAGUUAUUGGAUCACUUCCUAACCCAGAGCUCACAGUCCCCCAAAGGAAGGACUUGGGGGGCUCUAAGUGUGGAGAGGGGCCACUUGGGGGCUUCCAGUGCAGCCCUGAGGAGUUGGACUACUAUCUGUAUGGACAACAACGGAUGGAGAUCAUCCCGCUGAGCAACCCAACCAGCGACCCCAAUAACCGCUGUGACAUGUGUGCAGAUAAUCGCAAUGGAGAAUGUCCAAUGCAUGGGCCUCUGCACUCCUUGCGUCGUCUAGUGGGCACCAGUAGCACUGCAUCCGUAGCUCCUCCACCUGAGAUACCUGAAUGGUUACGAGACCUUCCACGGGAGGUGUGUCUUUGCACCAGCACUGUUCCAGGUUUGGCUUACGGCAUCUGUGCAGCUCAAAGAAUUCAACAAGGUACAUGGAUUGGGCCCUUCCAAGGGCUUCUUGUUUCUCCUGACCGAGUGCAGGCCGGAGCUGUACGAAACACACAGCAUCUCUGGGAAAUAUAUGACCAAGAUGGGACACUACAGCACUUUAUUGAUGGCGGAGAACCCAGUAAGUCAAGCUGGAUGAGGUAUGUCCGAUGUGCCAGGCAUUGCGGGGAACAGAAUCUGACAGUUGUUCAGUACAGAUCAAAUAUAUUCUACAGAGCUUGCAUUGACAUCCCCAGAGGCACGGAGCUUCUAGUAUGGUACAAUGAUAGCUACACAUCGUUCUUUGGAAUUCCACUACAAUGUGUUGCACAGGAUGAAAAUUUGAAUGUUCCGGCUCCGGUUAUUGAAGCUAUGUCAAGACAGGAGACACUACAACCGUUCAACAAAAAUGGCAAGUUGCCUUCUUCCCCAUUACAAAGGUCCGUAGUUUUCCCACAGACUCCAUGCAACAGAAACUAUUCUCUCCUGGAUAAGUCCGGGCCCCUGGAUACAGUAUUUAAUCAAAUGAAUGUUAAAAACCAGAGAGUGCUUGCCAGUCCGACUUCCACAAGCCAGCUCAACUCAGAAUUCAGUGACUGGCACCUUUGGAAAUGUGGCCAGUGCUUUAAGACUUUUACCCAACGGAUUCUCCUACAGAUGCACGUGUGCACCCAAAAUCCAGACAGACCUUACCAGUGUGGACACUGUUCUCAAUCCUUCUCCCAACCUUCAGAAUUAAGGAACCAUGUCGUUACUCACUCCAGUGAUAGACCCUUCAAGUGCGGCUAUUGUGGGAGGGCCUUUGCUGGGGCAACAACACUAAACAACCACAUCCGGACACACACGGGGGAAAAACCAUUUAAGUGCGAAAGGUGUGAAAGGAGCUUCACACAAGCCACCCAGCUGAGUCGACACCAGAGGAUGCCCAACGAAUGCAAGCCAAUAACAGAGAACACAGAAUCAAUUGAAGUGGAUUAACUGAUUGACUGGUUUGAAUUAAACUGCAAGGAAAGUCAUGAUUAAAUGUCACGGACACUUAAGCAAAACCAAAGAUUUCCUCUGAACAACUUUCAAUCAGUCCCGGAAAACCGAAAGCAGUAGUAAAAUAACUAAGAUGUUAAGAGAUAUUGAUCUUGGCAUGGAAGCAAGACCAUGAAAGACAUUAUUUAUUUAUGAGGGGGGGGAAGGGGGUGUGACAUAUUUCAAAGGACAAAGGGACUUAACCUUUUUCAGUCCCAACAUAUGUAUAGCUUUAUUUCUAAGUACUUUUUUAAAUGAGAAAAAAAUGUUAUUUAAUACCAAAGCAUAUGUUCUGUUAAGUACUUCUGCCUCUACCCACAUAUUUGACUCUGAAUGCACAUGGACAUCUUAAGGGUUGCACUGUUGUUUUAGCAUGAGAUAAUUUCUCUCGAUAGGUGGGCCAGCACAUUAUCCAAAAUAUAAUGCUCAUAUCCUGGACACAAUAGACUUCGAGGAACCAGAGGGACUCCUGAUUUUUGUUUUUCUGUUGACAAGAUGAUGAUAGUCAAAUUAAUGUUUGGAUAUUCCAAAACAGGAUCUAUGUGUGAACCAUUCACUAUCAAUCUUAGACCAAAGAGGACAUUCAAACUCCAUCAUCUACUGAACUAGUUACAAAUCAUACUUUGUGCACUUUUCAUGUAAACUGUUUCAUAGACAUUGUUUAUGAUGGUAUGUGGGGUAGUUUGCGGGAAGUAACCAUGUUGCAA